GGAAACGAGCAAGCAAAAGAAGUUGUUCAAAAUGCCCACUUAAAGCCUAUGCGAGAAAUUUUUAGAAAGGGUGUUCAAUAUAAUAGAGAAUCUUUUCGUGAAGAAUAUAUUACUACACCUCAAAUUGAAGUUGCUAAUAUACAAUGGAACUAUAAUCAAACAAAUGAUGUUAUUAAAGUGGAAAUAUGGGAUGUGGUUGAUAAAGGUAUCAACCCAACAAAUACUAAUAAGAGACCUACGACGUCAAAUGUUGCAUUGAAAAUUGAUAAUUCACAAACUCCAACUAAACCACCGCCAUCCCGUUCCUCGCCUCUGCCACCGGAUCAACUUACACUUGAUGCUGCAACUAUAGAUGUAUAUCGCAAUACACAUGGCGUGAUAUUAUUAUUUGAUAUGACCAAAAAUUGGACAUUCGAUUACGCUAUUAAAGAAUUAAAAGCUAUUCCUAAAAACAUUGCUGUAUUAUUACUGGUCAAUCGUGAACGAAUAUCAGAAUAUCCUUCAUCCAAUAUGGUUCGGUAUGUGGAGACUAGCAUGUUAAAUGGACUUGGUCUAGAAUACAUUUACAAGUAUUUUGGGGUUCCUUUCUUACAAUUACAGAGAGAUAUUCUUCGCCAACAAUUGACUGCAAAGACAAAAGAAUUAGCAAAACUUCUUGAUACACUGGACAUCGACGAUAGUGCCCCUUCAGCUGAAAAGAAGCACAGUAAUCUGACAGAUAUUACUGAAAUAGAAAAAUCAGAAUUAGGGAAAGACCGUUUGGAAGAAGAAAAAAUACAAAUAAAAAAAUUAUGGGAUAAAGAAUCUGAAGAAUUAACUCAGCAAAAAGAAUCAGUUGAACUAUUAAAUUCAAUACCACCGGCAUUACAAGUGGAACAACCUUUAUCAAACACUCUUCUACAAAAACGACCAAAAGCAGCUACGCCUGAUAUAACAAUAAUCGAUGAAUUCAAUGCUGGAGAUUUGGAAGAUGACUUUUUCGAUGAUGCUCCCGAUCCAGUUGUGGUAUUGCCUCCGGUCACCCAAUCUAAAAAUGAUGAAGUAGAAGAUGUGGAUUCGAAAAAUCCGAUGGUUGCCACCGACGAGGAUCUUGUUGGAGUUGAGGGUUAUGAUGAUGUAGAAGAUGAUAAACCUAACAUCCGUCAAAGUUUCAAUAGCGAUCUUAAUGAUAUUUGGAGACACCGUUACAAUAAUGUAACUUUAGCGAGUCGAAUAAGUGAUAGUAGUGAUGAUGAGUUACCACCAACGAUAUCUGAACAAGGAGAUUUGAAUUAUGCUUUUGAAGAGGCAUCCUUUGAUACUGGAGGAACGCCUAGUGGCUAUGAAGAGAUUGGUGAAGGUCAAAACAAUCCAUGGGCAUAA